UGCGGUUGGUUUGCCGCAGUAACAUUGAACAAGUUAUAACAUUUUUCAGUUAAAUUCGCCGACAUUGCGGUAUCAUAAUUAUUCAUUGUUUUUAGUUAGUUAGGUGCGCAAAGCUUGAGGAUAUCCAACAUGAAGGGAAAAGAGCGGUCGCCGGUGAAAAAGCGUUCAAGGGCCUUGGAUGAUAUGCGAGAUAGGGGAGGAAGUCACCCAACCAGUAAGAAAAUGGGGGUUAUCUCAAUUUCUGGUGGUGGAAGCAACAAUGGCAAUAGUUCAUCUAAAAGUGAAGGAGGGUCUGCAAGACGGAGUUUGAUCGGAGACAAAAGAGAAGGGCGAGAUUUUGACGGACACGUCUCCAGUCGGACUGGAAAUAACCACGGUUACACCAGCCCGGUUGCGUGUUCGAGCAGCAAGAAUCACGCGCCGAGUUUGUCUUUAGAGGCAGCCGCCCGCAGCAACUCACGCGGAGAAUCGCGCGCCCCACUUCCCACCAACGAAAGUGAGUACAAAACUUUAAAAAUCAGUGAGCUCGGCUCCCAACUGAGCGAUGAGGAAAUCGAGGAUGGGCUUUUCCAUGAAUUCAAAAAAUUUGGUGACGUGAGUGUUAAAAUCAGCCGAGUCAACGACGAGAGAAUUGCAUUUGUGAACUUUAGGAGACCGGAUGAUGCCAGAGCUGCGAAGCACGCACGAGGCCGCUUGGUGCUGUAUGACCGUCCUUUGAAAAUUGAGGCUGUCUAUUUAAAUAGGAGGAGAAGUCGGUCUCCGGUAGACAAGGACCAUUUUUCUGUCGUUGCAGGCCAUAGACAUUUGCAUACACAGAGGCCGCUCUCUCCAACUGGUCUAGGCUACAGAGACUACAGGUUACAGCAGCUAGCGCUCGGUAGGCUUCCUCCUCCCCCACCCCCUCCUUUACCCAGAGAGCUUGAAAGGGAAAGAGAAUUUGCCUUUUAUGAAGCAAGGGCAAGGCCUGCUUACAUUGCAGAGCGGGCCACUCCUUUCCGCGAGGAGGACUUUAUUUCUCCAGAGGACGAUCAGAGAGCCAACCGCACACUGUUUCUGGGUAAUUUGGAUAUUACUGUGACUGAAAACGAUUUGACGAGGGCUUUUGAAAGAUUUGGGACCAUCACUGAGGUGGACAUUAAAAGGCCCACUCGUGGCCAAAGCAGCACCUAUGGCUUUCUCAAAUUUGAGAACUUGGACAUGGCCCAUAGAGCAAAAAUAAGCAUGUCUGGGAAAGUUGUCGGCCGAAACCCCAUAAAGAUCGGAUAUGGUAAAGCGACCCCCACCACACGCCUGUGGGUGGGUGGUCUUGGACCAUGGGUCCCUCUGACUGCAUUAGCGAGGGAAUUUGACCGCUUUGGAACUAUAAGGACUAUAGACUACAGAAAAGGGGACACCUGGGCUUAUAUUCAGUAUGAAAGCUUGGAUGCCGCUCAGGCUGCCUGCACACACAUGCGUGGUUUUCCUCUCGGUGGUCCAGACAGGAGGCUGAGGGUGGACUUUGCUGACACAGAGCACCGCUACCAGCAGCAGUUCUUGCAGCCCCUGCCUUUGCAACACUAUGAAAUUGUGGCUGAGUCUUUCGUCCAUCGUGCCACCUCUGAGUCCAUCAGGGUCAGGGAAAGGACACCACCUCCACUGCACUUCAGAGAACGAGAACUGUAUGCUGGGGCUGAAUGGCCAGCACCUGGCAUUCGUGAACGCGUAAGAACUCCUGCAUUUGAGCCCCUUGAGCACUUGGAACGUGAACGACGGCGAGAGGCGUGGUCUCUGGAGAGGGAGCUGCCAGGCAGGGAACCUGCACGUAAACGGCGCCUCAUGGAGGAUGGGAGACAUCUGGAGUGCUCUCCUGACAGCAGCAGUGAGUGGGUGGCCCGUCGGCGUAGACCACCCUCCCUAGAGGGCAGCCCAGGGGGUAGCAGCCGCGACGGACGAUUCAGUGACUCUGAGCGACCAGCAAGAGCUGAUCGACCAUCCCCAGCACGAGAGAUCCGUGGCAGCCUGGACCGAGCCCCCGGUGAGAAACGCCUCAAAAGCAGCAGCAGCCUCUUAGAGUCCAACAUUGCUGCCAAUCCAACAGAGAAAAAGCGCAAAGCGGGUGAUUCUGCCAAAGGAGCCUCCAAGAGAGACCGAUCUGAAAGCAGCUCCAAAAGCAACCAGACAUUGAAGCAGGAUGCUGGUGGGAAGCUGAGCAUGGCCUGGAAUGGCAUGUUACUCCUGAAGAACAGUAACUUCCCAGCCAGCAUGCAUCUCCUGGAAGGGGAUCUGAGCGUUGCCACCAGUCUUCUUAUUGACUGCAGCACAGGCGGCAAAGUCAGUCAGCUACGCAUCACACAACGCCUUCGCCUCGACCAGCCCAAGAUCGACGAAGUGUCUCGCCGCAUCAAAGUCGCCGGCCCAGGUGGGUAUGCGGUUCUACUGGCCGUCCCAGGCAGCUCAGAGGAGACUUCAUCUUCAGAUCCAGCAGCAUCAACACAGAGGCCCCUGCGCAACUUGGUUUCCUACCUGAAGCAAAAGCAGGCCGCUGGGGUCAUCAGUUUACCUGUGGGGGCCAGUAGAGAUAAGGACAACACUGGGGUCCUGCAUGCAUUUCCGCCCUGUGAUUUCUCUCAGCAGUUCUUAGAUUCUUCUGCGAAAGCUCUUGCCAAAACAGAAGAGGACUUCCUGGUCAUGAUCAUAGUUCGAGGAGCAUCUUAACAAUCAUAACACACUAAAGCAUUGUUAAUUGCAAGCUUCUCUAAAUGUCUCUUAAAUGCAUGCUGUGUAAAGCAGAAGUGGUAUUACAGUAAAGGGCGAAUGUUAUUACCUGUUCUGCCAAACUAGUACAAAAAAAAAAAAAAAAAGAGUGAGAAAAAAACUUUAAGGCCCAUUCAUAUAGCAAAAUUUAGCUCAUGGCAAUAUAUUUGUUUUACGUUGCAAGUUUUUUUUCAGAUGUCUAGUUUGGGAUAAGUUGUACCCUGCAUACAAAAGAAAAAAUAAUUAUACAGGUCAUAUUCAAAAAGGAACAUUUAAUUUGGUGUUGUCAUGAAACACUUUAACUAGUUAUACUUCAUGUUUUUCAGUCAGAUUGCAGAGUCAUCUUUGUACAAAAUAAUUUCUGUGAAUGUUGAUUUAUGUGGUUAUCAAUUGAUAUGAUUUAAGGGGUUCAACUUCGGUUCAUGUGUCUUGAUGCUUUGAACAAUCAUUAUUUUGUAACGGAGAGUGUGUUAUAGGUAUAUAGUCCUGUAGGGACCUAAAAAAUUCUCAUUGAACUGCAUGUUGAUAACAGUGUUCUAUCUAGCUAAUAUACAAAGAUGUAGCCAAAAAAUGUCAUCAGUGUUUUAUUGAUUGAAAGUAGAAAACAGGCUACAUGUUAACACCUUAAAUCCCCUUACCACAUUAAAAUUUAAUUCUGAACAUAUUUUGAUUAUAAAGAAGAUAUAUCUAAGCCCUCCUUAGACAAAGUAUAACAUCAAGGUUAUUGUUGUGUAAAGAAGAAAGAGGUAUUCUGACAUACUGUUUCCAUAUUUUUUGUGUUACAUUUCAAAAGAUUUUGAACGAAGCAUUCUGGUUUCAUAGUGAGGUUGUUAAAUGUCUCAGUUUAAAUUAUAAUUAAUUGUCAGAAAAUCAUUUGAUUACAUAAGGUGGUUUUAUUUGUAUUUUUUUUUUUAAUAGGUUUGUCAUAAUUUACCAGAUAUAUUCAGUUAACUUUUAUAUUGUUGAUAGUGUUUAAGGUCUCUUUAUUAAGAUUUUGAAGUUAAUGUUAAGUGCAUAUGGCCUAUAAUGUGAUAUUUCAUCACCAACACCCAUAAUUUACCCGAAAUGCCACAUAUAUAGCAAUGAGAUUACUGGGAACUUAAUAUGUAAAUGAUACCAUGCAAAUGUAAAACAUCUAGCCCAACACUUAUACAAGUGUAAGACAGUCCUAAAUUUACUUUUAUUGGCAUACCUUAGUUGAUAAUGUAGUCCAUACAUUUUUAGUAUGAUUUUAGUUGCAAGGCCAUUUAUGUUUGAAAUAAUACAAAAUGUUGUGAUUCCUGGGUGUGUCAUUGUUCAAAUGUUUUUUUAAAAAAAAUGGUAUGCUUUCUCUAAAAUCCUGAAAAAACUGAGUUUGUGUUCUUAGUCUAUUUAGCUAAUUGCAGUGUAUUGAUUCGAUGAAUAACUAACAUAUUUUCAUGUAUGGCUUUUAUGUUGCUCCCACUAAAUUUUAAAAGUUGAUUGGUUGGUUAUUUAACAAUAUAAAAACAGUCGAUUGUGUACAUGAAUAAAUGGACAUGCUGUAUGUUCAGUCACAGCCUCACUGGACAGGAAAUGGACUGUUCCACAAGUGGACUUCACAUGGCUGGAACCAGAAAUGAUUGUUUGAAAUGAUUCAGGAGCCCUUUGGAUGCACAGGGGCAAGAGCUUUCCAUUUAGUGUUAGUGUACACGCACAGAGAGAGCAUCUACCUGCUUGUGUAAUUGUUUUUGUGCUUACAGUUCGCAUAUUUAAACGGAAAUAAUGACACUUGAUUUGUGCUGUGUUUUCCUAAUUUCUUGAUUGGGGGAAAAGAGGAAUCGGUCACUCACUCCUUGCAAAGCUCUGACAUGGCUGUUUGUACACACACAAAAAGUGCACUGGCCCCUCAUUUGAUUAUAUCACGCUAUCAAUAAAUUGUUUCAUUUGAGGGAGAAAUGUUUAUUCGUUGGAAAUGAAUUGAAGAACGCCUGCCGCUGCUUUUUUCGGUUGUGUUUCGGGAGGAAUUGUUGCUCAAUUGCUUGUUUCUGCUCAGGAAACAAAAAUUCUCCCCUUUGUUUUUCGGCCCAGGAUCAGGGAUGGCGGUGAGAGCAAAGGGAGAGAGUUCUUUUGUUGCUCAAUGUUGUUGUUAAUCUGUAUUUCCCACCCUUAUGUCCUGGAGCUCCCACACAUGCUAAUUAACUGGGGGGUUCUGCUGAGUGUUGAGAAUGUAGCACUCGGUUUUUGGAGAUGAACAAAGUCAGUGGAGAGAUGAUCUUUGCGCAGACCUUCAUCUAAACCGAAAUAUCUGUUUCGGCACCUUCGCUGGGGUCGUUGAAUUCUCGCAGGCAUGGCAGCGGUUUUCUGCUGUUUCAAGCUUCCAUAUGUGUACCUCAGCUGGAAGUAUCCAGGCUUGCUGUAACAUGGCCGGCCACACUGCUGUUUCACACUAUGCAUUGCCAGCACAACUGCCAGCAUGAUAGAGGCCGACAGAACCUGGUAACAAUGAUUUCCAAUUCUCAGAGGAACAGGCAUUUGUUUAUUCAAUCCUUUGAUUUCUUCUGAUACGAGUUUGUCUUACUUCAUUGGAAAUCAGUGAAGGAAGAGGAUUUCCAUGAUCAGAGAGGAAAGAAAUUUAGAAAAGUGAAAAGCGUUUUUAGCCUUCAAUAUUGUUCAUCUCGAAAUAAGUUUGAUAGUUUGCAUUCUUAAACAUUUAUUUUCUGUAACAAAUUUUAAAAAGACAUCCAGAUGAGCAUUACAUGGUAAUACCUUCUGUUAUGAAGAAAUCCUGAAAGAAAAUCAAACAUUUCCUGUUACGCUGCCCAUAUGAAGUCCACCAAAGUUUGCUGGCAAGGAGCCUCAUCAGAAGAGAAUGAACACACCCUUCUUCCUUUGCUAGGAAGAAGUCCAUUCAGCUGCAUCACUACACCAGCUGCUCAUUCAUGUCUAUGAAGGGCAAAUGUGAGGAUCCAGAUCCAGUGCUCUGGUGUUGGUGAGUAAGGGGCAUACUGGGACUUGCUUCAUACUGGGGCUUUAGACACAAAGUCUAUCUGGUACAGGUAAGUUUAAAGUGAGCAACAGAGUAAAAGGUUUUGAACUUUUACCACUGGUUGUAAUUCUGACAUUUAUGUGUCUAUAUAGUUUCUGAAAACUUCCCCCAAAAUAAAUACAUAAAAAGAGUAUUUAAAGGAAUACUUCAAAGAAAAUUAUGAAAUUAUUUACUCACCCUCUUGUUGUUCCAAAGCCCCAUGCAUUUCUUUCUUCAAUGGAACAUAAAAGUUGUUUGGAAAAAUGUUAUGGACUGACAGCUUCAGUUACUAUUCACUUGCAUUAUAUAUUUUAUUUUUCCAUACAAUGGAUAUAAAUUUUGACUGAGGCUGUCAGUCCACAACAUUCUGCAUAACUUAUGUUUUGUCCCACAGAAGAAAGGCAGUCAUAUGGGUUGAGAACAACAUUAGGAUAAGUAAAUGACAAAAUUGUAAUUUUUGGGUGAACUAUCCCCAAAAAUGAGCAUUUCAAAUGUUAAGACAACUGAUAAUGUGCUUGUAAUUUUAAAAAGAUGAAUUGUUUAGUUAAUCUAGGCAAUAAGA